AUGGUUAUGGGGAAGUCAGAAAUGGCGGAAGAUGCAAUUACAGUUUAUGCGGACGGGGUCUAUGACAUGCCGCACUUAGGCCAUAUGCGCCAAUUGGAGCAGGCUAAAAGGUUGUUCCCCAACUGCAAACUGGUGAUUGGUGUAGCUUCCGAUGAGGAAACCAUAAAACUCAAGGGGCAAUUGGUGAACAAUUUAUUUGAGCGUGUGGAAACGAUGAGGCACAUAAGAUGGGUGGAUGAGAUCAUUUCACCCUGCCCUUGGGUCAUAACUCCACAGUUUGUGGAGGAACACAAGAUAGAUUAUGUGGCACACGAUGACAUUCCCUAUUCAUCGGAUAAUUUUAAGCCGCAAAAAAACGUAAAGGGAUUGUCAGCUGGGUUGGAUAACUCGGAAGAUAUUUAUGAUUGGUUGAAGAAAGUGGGAAAGUUUAAGGCCACUGUUAGGACUUCCGGUAUCUCCACUACCCAGAUCAUAGUCCGUAUAUUACAAAGCUACGAAGAUUACGUCAACAUAUCACUGAUUAAUGGAGUGGAUCCCAGUGUCUUAGGUUUAGGGUCUGUUGCUGCCAAGUCUAUUAAGGGUAGAAAUUCCAUCAAACAUUUCGGUAGGAAAUUGUAUGAUGAAUUUACCCAGAUUACCCUUACGGAUAAAUUCAUAGGUCAAGAGUUUGACGAUACAAUAGAAUCAUUUCGAAACAAGAUAGUUGAUGGGUUUUCAGGAUGGCGCUGCUCAUAUAUGUCAUUACUCAAAAGGUUUGUACAUAAUUACGAUUCCCGAGUUAAUCAACAAUCGCCACAAGAUUCAACUACACUUAUCACGCAAUCAAAAGCUUCGACUUCGACUACUAGCGAAUGGGCAUAUGAUUUCAAAACGCCAGACUUAAAAAUCAACAGGAUAAUAGUGAAUGAAGGUGGUAGGAAGGAGGGAAUGACUGUCGUAUAUUCCGAUGGUAUAUUUGAUCUGUUACACUACGGGCAUAUGCGACAACUUGAGCAGGCAAAAAAGUUUAAUGAUAAUGUGUGGCUCAUAGUCGGUGUGGUAUCAGAUGAAGAUGUCGAGUUUCACCGUAUACGUACUGUGCAGAAUUUGUCGGAGAGAGUUAGAACACUUGAACACAUAAAGUGGGUAGAUGAGAUCAUUUAUCCUGCUCCAUGGAUAAUCAAAAGUGAAUUUAUGAAUACCUACAAAAUAGAUUUUGUGGCGCAUGAUCAUGCUCCUUAUCCUAUGCUUAGAUGUUUAAAUCCCGAGAAAUGUCGCACUGGGGCUCUGAAAAAGAGCGUGGUUGAUGAUGUUGUUUCUGAAGCUGGUCUACUGGUCCAACAAAAUACAUUUGACGACUCGGUACAGGAUUUUGAUCAUGAUGUAGCAAAAUCUAGUAUAGAGCAGUUGGAUGAUAGGCUUCUAAUAACUCGUAAUAAUUCCAGAUGCAAAUGUUAUAUAGCUGAUAUUUACGGUUGGCUUAAGAAAGCUGGUAAGUUUAUUCCGACCCAAAGAACUUCAUCAAUUAGCACAAUGGGUUUGAUCCUUAGAAUACUGUGCAACUACGAAUUGUACUUGGAAAGAUCUUUAUCCCGCGGUGUACCGCCUAGGGAAUUGAAUAUAGGCUACACACUUGCCAAGUCCAUAGAGGUCAAGCAGACCAUUAGGAACUUGAGGGAUAAGGUGGUUAAUGGUAUUGAGCAAAUAACAUUAACAGACAGUCCUAUAGGUCACGAGUUUGACCAAAAAUUGGAAGAUAUCCAAAAUCGCAUUGUGUCCCUUUAUGACGAAUGGAGGGAGAACUCUUCAAGACUUUUAAAUGGUUUCGUUGAGACUUUUGACGUUAAAGCUAGGAUUCACAGAUCCAAUACUCUUGAUGAAUCUAUUGCAAUAGCGAAUGAAGAAAAUGAAUUUACAGAAGGGAUGGUGCCUCGUUAA